AUGGAUUGUGUGCAGGAUGUUCGCGCUUUUAUCUGCAGCACCACAAAACUCAAAGUCAACUUCAUCAUGGUGGAUCGAAAGCGCAAGCACGACGCUGACCGCGAGGUGACCAAGAAGGUCAAGGUUGAAGAUCCCGACGAGUCGACUCCGGGAAGGGACGUGGACGAGUCUGGGGGCGACGAAAAUGAAAAUGAAAACCAAAAUGAACACGAAAAUGAAAACGAAAACGACGACGACGCAGAAAACGAAUCUGAAGACGAAGAGGAAAACGAACGAAAACGGAUCACCACCAUAGAUUUUGACGGCCGUACGUACUCGUACAAGGAGCGGCCGUCGGUCAUAGAAGAAAAAGAGGGAAAAAUUGAGUUUCGUGUUGUUAAUAACGACAACACCAAAGAAAACUUGAUUGUUCUUACUGGAUUAAAGAACAUUUUCCAAAAACAAUUGCCCAAAAUGCCCCGGGAGUAUAUUGCGCGGUUAGUUUACGAUAGAAGCCAUUUAUCUAUGGCGGUAGUACGGAAACCUUUAACUGUGGUUGGUGGUAUCACUUAUAGACCUUUCAGUAAACGAGGGUUUGCCGAAAUUGUUUUUUGUGCCAUUCUGUCUACCGAGCAAGUACGAGGCUACGGAGCCCAUUUGAUGAACCACCUUAAAGAUUACGUUCGUGCAACAUCGCCGGUGAAAUAUUUUUUGACUUACGCCGAUAACUAUGCCAUUGGAUACUUCAAGAAGCAGGGCUUCACCAAGGACAUAACUCUCGACAAGUCGGUGUGGAUGGGAUAUAUCAAGGACUACGAGGGUGGUACUUUGAUGCAGUGCGCCAUGCUUCCUCCUAUUCUUCGGUAUCUUGAUCUGGCCAAAAUUCUUCUUUUGCAAAAAGCGGCUAUUGAAAAGAAGAUCAACUCACGUUCCCUCUCACACGUUGUGCGACCGGGUCUUCAAGUGUUCAAGUCCAAAAAAGAUGUGCAGCUCGACCCGGCCGAUAUUCCUGGGCUAAAGGAAGCAGGAUGGCUGGAAGAAAUGGACAAAUUGGCGCAGAAACCAAAGCGUGGACCACACCACAAUUUCAUGGUGACAUUGUUAUCGGAGCUCAUGAACCAUCCGUCAGCAUGGCCGUUUGCACAUCCUGUUAGUAAGGAAGAAGUGGGCGACUACUAUGAGGUUAUAAAAGAACCAAUGGAUCUUUCCACCAUGGAACUGAAGUUGGAGAACGACAAGUACGAAUCGUUCGAUCAAUUUUUGUAUGAUGCCCGACUCAUAUUCAACAAUUGCCGAUCAUAUAACGCCGAAACGACCACAUACUACAAGAACGCUACCAAGUUGGAGAAGUUUUUGACCAACAAAAUCAAAGAGAGUGCCGAAUAUGCCCACUAUGUGGAGUGA